UUGCUCUUCUUCCCCCUGUUCUAGUUCCCAUCCCCACCCCAUAACAAGAGGUCAGAUAAAAGAGCUAUCAGCCAGUUACCACAGACAUUCAUCUCAGACACGUUCAGAGCACUGGGAAAAGACCUGUCUUCUGCCAGAACUUAACCCAAAUACACAGAGACCACCAUGAAGUCCUGGGUUCUCCUGCUUCUCGUGUCCAUCUCUGACGUUGUGAUCAUUCUGCCUGUGCUGGGAGGCUUCAAGGAAUAUAUUCCCCUUGUAACAAAACUACCUGAGCAGUGCUGGGUGCAGCCUCCACCUAAGUAUUGUAAAAAGAGGUGCACUAUAAUCACCGCCUGUGUAGACUGGAAUUAUACAUGCUGCUGGACCUACUGUGGAAACAUCUGCUUGCAUAAUGGAGAGCCCUUCACAUCAAUACUAGACUACGGGCCUCCUCCAGAUCUAUGGUAGACUACCACCAGUGUGGGCUGGAGGAUGACCACGUGGUCUAAGAAGACUGCUGCCUGGUUCCCUGUUGGAACACCCACUUGCCCCAGCUGAAGACCUCUCUGCUCUUUCUUUGGCCUCUUUACCCUAAGAAGGCUCUAGUUUUUGCCAAAUAAAUGCAUACACCAA